AUUGGCCAAACCCAUCCGACUCGUGCACAGCAGCACCGCCUCGACUCGGGAGGGUGAAGGAGAGGGGAGGCAGGGCAGCGCGGAGCCCUCCUCCUCCGAUCCAUCGCCGCACUCGGCAAGCCGCGCGUCUGCUCGUGCUCGACGAAGAUGGAUAGAAUGGAGAGGACAGAGAGAUUUGUACAGUUGAAGAAAUUGGCAGGCUCUGUGAUAUCAUACUGGUCAAUCGUAUCUGUUUCUGUGGAAGAGAAAUUAAACUUCAUGCCAUUACUUCUUUAUGCUAAGUCCGAGUCAGUGGAUGAGAUACCUGAACACAUUGCUGUUUCACAAGACUUCCUUGAAACUGCAGAAAAUGAGUCUAUUAGACUUGAGAAGAUCGUGGCUGAGAUGAUUGUAAGGAAGAAAUCGAAAUUGGAUCAGAUUUAUCAAAGGAGUCAUCUCGAGUCUCCCUUUGCUGGGCAAGGACCCUCUGAUACCUCUGUGGCUUUUGAACUAGUCAAGGAACAAAUCACUAUAGCAAAAGCUGUUUCUAUGAAACGCCAAGACAUUGUAACAAGAAUGGAAAUGCUUGAUAAUGCAUGUCAUGAAAUCCAAUGGUAUCUGAAUGCCAAUUCUGAUGUCCAUUCUGUUGAAGAUCAUCACAGAGUUGCAAGAGGAAAAAUGUUGUUUGAUUUUUUCCCAAAAAUGAUGGAAGAUCUAGAAGCCAAAGUUAUUAUUUGGAACCUCAAAGAAGAUGAGAACUUCUCAUUCGAUGGAGUUGAUAUUAGAGAAAAGAUCGAGGGUCUGAAGGUCUUCUAUGAGGAUACAGUUCGUGAAAAUCCUGAGGCAGGGGGCGUAGUUCAUGAAGCUCCUAAGGCAGGGGGCGUUGAUAUUGAUAUGGUUCCUGUAGGACUUGAGGCAGGGGGUGUAGCUCAUGAAGAUCCUGAGGCAGGGGGUGUAGUUCAUGAAGCUCCUAAGGCAGGGGGCGUUGAUAUUGAUAUGGUUCCUGUAGGACUUGAGGCGGGGGGCAUCGAUAUAUUUCAGCAGCUGGUUAUCCCUCGGCAACCUCGCACUCCUCGGAUACCAGUGCAGGUGAACGUGCAACCGCCACCACUCCGUCGCCACCACCAUCACCGCAGCCAUCAGACGGUGAUGACUCUAUGGCAUCCAGUGGGAGUAAAUCCGAUUCUAAGGACUUGGACUAUGACCCGAACGGCUCUGAUGCAUCUGAUGAGUGAUGCAUGAACGUAUCUUUUCUCCGAACCAGAGUGUGUCUAAACCAGUGUAUCCGCUAGCCUAUCAAAUUGUUUCUGCGAUGUUACCCGAAUGAGGCUGCUUAAUUUUGUGGUAUUUGCAUCUUGUGCAGAAUCUAAUGUGGAUAUUUUAGUUAGGUUAUGACCCAUUUUGGAUGGCUGGGAUGGCUGUAGUUCUCUAUUCGAUUGCUUACUCCCUCAAUGUGCAAAUGAUUUUUUAGUAUAAACUGUUAACAAUAUUUUGGAUGGCUGUAGUUCUCUCUUCUCAGCCUACAGUUAAGCUACUCCAUCUUA